UUGGAACAAGCCGCUGCCGCUACAAAAAAAUCACGCUACGAUCGCGUUGGAACAAGCCGCUGCCGCUACAAAAAAAUCACGCUGCGAUCGCGUUGGAACAAGCCGCUGCCGCUGCAAAAAUCACGCUGCGAUAGCGUUGGAACAAGCCGCUGCCGCUGCAAAAAAAUCACGCUACGAUCGCGUUGGAACAAGCCGCUGCCGCUACAAAAAAAUCACGCUGCGAUAGCGUUGGAACAAGCCGCUGCCGCUACAAAAAAAUCACGCUGCGAUAGCGUUGGAACAAGCCGCUGCCGCUACAAAAAAAUCACGCUGCGAUCGCGUUGGAACAAGCCGCUGCCGCUACAAAAAUCACGCUGCGAUAGCGUUGGAACAAGCCGCUGCCGCUGCAAAAAUCACGCUGCGAUAGCGUUGGAACAAGCCGCUGCCGCUACAAAAAUCACGCUGCGAUCGCGUUGGAACAAGCCGCUGCCGCUACAAAAAAAUCACGCUGCGAUAGCGUUGGAACAAGCCGCUGCCGCUACAAAAAAAUCACGCUGCGAUAGCGUUGGAACAAGCCGCUGCCGCUGCAAAAAAAUCACGCUGCGAUCGCGUUGGAACAAGCCGCUGCCGCUGCAAAAAUCACGCUGCGAUAGCGUUGGAACAAGCCGCUGCCGCUACAAAAAAAUCACGCUACGAUCGCGUUGGAACAAGCCGCUGCCGCUACAAAAAAAUCACGCUGCGAUAGCGUUGGAACAAGCCGCUGCCGCUGCAAAAAUCACGCUGCGAUCGCGUUGGAACAAGCCGCUGCCGCUGCAAAAAAAUCACGCUGCGAUCGCGUUGGAACAAGCCGCUGCCGCUGCAAAAAUCACGCUGCGAUCGCGUUGGAACAAGCCGCUGCCGCUGCAAAAAAGCCACGCUACGAUCGCGCUGGAACAAGCUGCCGCUGCAAAAAAGCCACGCUGCGAUCGCGCUGGAACAAGCUGCCGCUGCAAAAGCCACGCUGCGAUCGCGCUGGAACAAGCUGCCGCUGCAAAAGCCACGCUGCGAUCGCGUUGGAACAAGCUGCCGCUGCAAAAAAGCCACGCUGCGAUCUCGCUGGAACAAGCUGCCGCUGCAAAAAAGCCACGCUACGAUCGCGCUGGAACAAGCUGCCGCUGCAAAAAAGCCACGCUGCGAUCGCGUUGGAACAAGCCGCUGCCGCUGCAAAAAAGCCACGCUGCGAUCGCGUUGGAACAAGCUGCCGCUGCAAAAAAGCCACGCUGCGAUCUCGCUGGAACAAGCUGCCGCUGCAAAAAAGCCACGCUGCGAUCUCGCUGGAACAAGCUGCCGCUGCAAAAAAGCCACGCUGCGAUCGCGCUGGAACAAGCUGCCGCUGCAAAAAAGCCACGCUGCGAUCGCGUUGGAACAAGCCGCUGCCGCUGCAAAAAAGCCACGCUGCGAUCGCGUUGGAACAAGCUGCCGCUGCAAAAAAGCCACGCUGCGAUCGAGCUGGAACAAGCUGCCGCUGCAAAAAAGCCACGCUGCGAUCGAGCUGGAACAAGCUGCCGCUGCAAAAAAGCCACGCUGCGUUCGAGCUGGAACAAGCUGCCGCUGCAAAAAAGCCACGCUGCGAUCGAGCUGGAACAAGCUGCCGCUGCAAAAAAGCCACGCUGCGAUCGAGCUGGAACAAGCUGCCGCUGCAAAAAAGCCACGCUGCGAUCGAGCUGGAACAAGCUGCCGCUGCAAAAAAGCCACGCUGCGAUCGAGCUGGAACAAGCUGCCGCUGCAAAAAAAUCACGCUGCGAUCGAGCUGGAACAAGCUGCCGCUGCAAAAAGCACGCUGCGAUCGAGCUGGAACAAGCUGCCGCUGCAAAAAAGCCACGCUGCGAUCGAGCUGGAACAAGCUGCCGCUGCAAAAAAUCACGCUGCGAUCGAGCUGGAACAAGCUGCCGCUGCAAAAAAGCCACGCUGCGAUCGAGCUGGAACAAGCUGCCGCUGCAAAAAUCACGCUGCGAUCGCGCUUGA